AAUAUAUUCUCCAUACAUUCAUUUCCCCACCAAGCAGCCCCUUCUUUCUCGAUUUCAAUUCAACCUUUUUGGACAAACAAUAGUUCUUCUUCUUCUUCUUCUUCGUCUUCUUUUAUACUGGAGUUAAAUGGAAAACUACCAGAUGUUUUUCCCUUGUUCCUCAGCUUAUCCCAUAACGACGUCUUAUAGCACAAACUCUGACCUCGUUUUUAGUCAUGGAAGUAGCUCAUCAAGCGGGGUUUUGGGGUUGAAGCCAGAAAGUUUUGUCGCAAAUGGUGCUACAAAUCAUGUCAAAGACCUUUCUCAGAUUAACGGAGGGUUUCUAGUGAAUGAAACUGAAGGACAAUCAAGUAAAAAGAAAAGGGAAAAGAAGGUUAGAAAGCCCAGAUUCGCUUUUCAAACAAGGAGUCAUGUUGAUAUCCUUGAUGAUGGCUAUCGCUGGAGGAAAUACGGUCAAAAAGCUGUCAAGAAUAACAAAUUUCCCAGAAGCUACUAUCGGUGCACACAUCAAGGGUGCAAUGUGAAGAAGCAAGUUCAACGUCUAACCAAAGAUGAAGGUGUUGUGUUGACAACCUACGAAGGGAUGCACACUCAUAUAAUUGAGAAACCUACUGAUAAUUUUGAGCAUAUCUUGAGUCAGUUGCACAUUUAUACUCCCUUUUGAAGAGUAUAAAUGUAUUGCUUCUACUGGUGAAUGAUACCCCCAUAGAAUUUACUCCUUGGAUAUGGAAGUUCAUAAAUUUGUAUUUGUAAAAUAUAUGUUAUCUGAAGAUUUACUUAAUCUAAGUUUAUAAUCACGGUUAUAUCAA